AUGUCUUCACUUAUCAAGAAGGAAGUCCGCUCGGAGAAGGCUCCUCAAAACCAGCUCUUUUCCCAGGCCCUUGUGGUUGGUGACAUGGUGUACGUCUCUGGCAACACGGGAGUGGACCCUGCUACAGGAAAUUUCGUCGAGGGGACCGUGGUAAGCCGCGCAACUCAGAUCCUGAAGAACAUCUCCAACAUCCUGGAGGCCACCGGAAGCCACAUUGACAAGACGGUGAAAGUGAACAUUUUCCUAACUAGCAUGAGUGACUAUGGCCUCAUGAAUGAGGCGUAUGCCAAGUUCUUCAAUAAACAGCCCAAGCCGAUUCGCACAUGUGUAGCUGUCAAGGAGUUGCCCCGGGGGACAGACGUCGAGAUGGAAGUCACGGCGCUACUGUAA